GAGCUCACCGUGGACCAGCCCGUGGAGGUUUCUUGCUCUUCCGGUGUUGGCUCUGCUUUACGCCUGCAGAGCCGCAGUUCUGUCUUUUCAGGACUCUGGCUGAGAAGUGACACUCCAGGUGGAGGUGAGAAUGACUUCUGGGAUCCUCAUAGCCGGGUCCCAGAAAUCACUAACAUUCCAAGACGUGGCUGUGGACUUCACCCAGGAGGAAUGGGGGCUGUUGGAACCUUCUCAGAAGGACCUGUUCAGGGACGUGAUGCUGGAGAACUAUGAGAACUUUGUGUCCCUGGGACUUACCGAAUCCAAAGCAGCUGUGAUCUCCCAGUUGGAGAGAAGACAAUCACUGGAGUUGCCAGAUGGAAAAGUCCCAGGAAGCAUUUUUGUAGAUUUUCUUCAUGAAUGUAAUAUACUUGGAAGACUUCAUCCUGGAGAGAAACCAUUUGAAUGUAAUCAGUGUGGGAAAACUUAUUGCAGCAAACAAUAUUUAACUGAACAUCAAAGAAUUCAUACUGGUGAGAAACCUUAUAAAUGUAAAGAAUGUGGGAUAGCCUUUAGUCAGAAGAGGCACCUUAAAAUACAUAAUAUAAUUCAUACUGGAAAGAAGCCUUUUGAAUGUAAUCAAUGUGGGAAAGCUUAUUGCAGCAAACAAUACUUAACUGAACAUCAAAGAAUUCAUACUGGAGAGAAACCCUAUAAAUGUAAUGAAUGUGGGGAAGCCUUCAAUCGUAAACACUCCCUAGGCCAACAUGAAAAAAUGCAUACUGGAGAAAAACCCUACAAAUGUAAUGAAUGUGGGAAAGCCUUUGGUCAGACGAAACACCUUAAAACUCAUAAGAUAACUCAUACUGGAAAGAAUCCCUUUGAAUGUAAUGAAUGUGGGAGAGCCUAUUGCAGUAAACAAUAUCUAACUGAACAUCAAAGAAUUCAUACUGGAGAGAAACCCUAUAAAUGUAAUGAAUGUGGGAAAGCCUUCAACCGGAAACAUUCUCUAGGCCAACAUGAAAAAAUGCAUACUGGAGAGAAACCCUACAAAUGUAAUGAAUGUGGGAAAGCCUACAGUCAGAAGAGACACCUCAAAAUACACAAGAUAAUUCAUUCUGGGAAAAAGCCCUUUAAAUGUAAUGAAUGUGGGAAGGCUUACUGCAGGAAACAAUAUCUAACUGAACAUCAAAGAAUUCAUACAGGAGAGAAACCUUAUAAUUGUAACGAAUGUGGGAAAGCCUUCAGCUCUAAGGCAAAUUUUUAUGUACAUAAAAGAAUCCACAGUGGAGAGAAACCCUACAUAUGUAACGAAUGUGGCAAAGACUUUACACAGCAAGGACAACUUAAAAUGCAUAAAAUAUUUCAUACUGGAAAGAAGCCCUUUGAAUGUAAUGAAUGUGGAAAAGCCUUCUACACCAAUUCUGGCCUUAAAGAACAUAAACUAAUUCAUUCUGGAGAGAAACCUUUUGAGUGCAUUGACUGUGGGAAAGGCUUCAGGUUCAGCUCAGGUCUUCUGAAACAUCAGAGAAGUCAUUCCGAAGAGAAACCUUAUAAAUGUAAUGAAUGUGGUAAAGGCUUCAGGCGGAGUUCAUACCUUAUGCAACAUGAGAGAAUUCAUACUGGAGAGAAACCCUAUGAAUGUAAUGAAUGCGGGAAAGUUUUCAGGUGGAAGGGAAACCUUGAUUCACAUAAGAGAGUUCAUAUUAAGGGAAAACCGUAUUCGUGUAAUGAAUGUGGGAAAGCCUUCAGGCUUAAAGACAGCCUUAAUAUGCAUGAGAAAAUUUGUACUAGAAAGAAAUGCUUUGAAUGAAAGGAGUGGAUAGUAGCUUACAGUUGGAGGUGAAACUUUGCUGCACAUAAUAAAACAGUCCACAGCAAUGCUUUGAAUGUAAGGAAUCAGUGAAAACUUUGCCAUUUAAUAUGUAUUUUUAUUAGUUAAGAAACAUGGAAUUCAUGCUGGGCAGAAAUCCUAUGACUAAUGAAUGUGAGAAAACCUUCCACUGGAAGCAAAACCUUAAUAUACACACAGAAAAACCUUAAUAUGUAUAGGAAACCUUAUUUUUAGUGUAACAAGUAUGGGGAACCCUUCAAAUGGUGUGGAAUACAUAGGGAAUUUGAGGCAGUGAUGGAGAGAACCCUGCUGUUAUACAAAAUAUAGAAAAGGCUUAAUGAGAAAACAAAACUUAGCAUGAACCAGAGCUUUCAUACUAAAGGCAUUACAUUUAAUGUGAUGAAUGUGGCUUUACUAAAACAGAACAGAAACCUGGAGGACCAUAGGAGACUUCAUGCUAAAGAAAGAAGUUCUUUGGUUAUAAUGAAUUGAGAGUCUUCAUGCUGAGUCAGACCUUUGCUACACAUCAUAAAAUUGUUACUGUGGAGGUUGUCUUUAAAAGAUAUAUUUGGGGGAAACUUCAGUUAGGGGGAAAACAUUACAUGACCUCAGAUAACUUAUCUGGCUGAGAAUCUCCAUGAAUGUAGUAAGAAUAGUUGGAAGUCCAUCAUUGACCUCAAACUAUUGAUUAACUCUGCAGGUGUGAUGGAAAGAAUGCUUCAGAAGAGUUCAUAGUCUCAAAAUUUCAGUUAGAAGGGGCCUCAGAGGCCAUUUGGUCAAGUUUUAUCUGAAAAGGAAUCUUCUAUACAAGAUGCAAGUUUUAUCUAGUUCUUGUUGUAAGACUUUUAAUAUUUGGGAGUCCAUUGCUUCCUUAAGGCAGUGGGCUCCACUUUUGGAUUAAUCUGAUAAUUCAGUUUUUUCUUAUAUGAAGCUAGAAUGUGCUUCUUUGCACUUUCUCCCAUUUCUCUUAGCUUUGCCCUCUGUGGCAAAAUACGACAUGCUUAAUCCCACUUCCUAGUGACAGUCCAUCAUAAACUUGACAUCAGCUAUAAUGCCCUCCCUUAGUCUUCUCUUCUGCAGAAACAUCCUCCAUUCCUUCACCUCAACUUCAUAUAAAAUGAACUAAAGCCCUUCACUGUUCCGAUUGCUCUCUUUUUAACACUCAAGCAUAUCAUUUGUCUUCAUAAAAUAUGGCAUGAAUGAAAGAAAAAUCAUUAAUUAUAAUUACUUACUAAUUGGUUACUGGCUUACUAAGUGCCAAAUGUUGUGCUAAGCACUGAGGAUACAAAUACAAAGAAGAAACAGUUUCUGCUCCCAGGAAACUUAGAUUUUAAUAUGGGAAGAAAACAUACAUAGGAGAGUGGUAGUUUGGAAUAGUUGUUGUGGCUUGGGAGAUGGUGAAUUGAUUGACAGGCCCUUUUUCUAAUAGUGCUGGUGAUAUUAUCACCAUGAUCAAAUGAUCAUGGUUAUAGAGGUAGAAAACUGGAGAUGGAAGAGGGGGAAGAGUAGAAGGAUAUAUGAUGUAAUACGUUAGAUGUCAAAAGAUGACCAUGGUAGAAUGUCAAUCUUGGCUAGAAAUGGCUGGAUAUUGUGGGUCAGUUGACAUACUCAUUAAUUAGAAUAGCACAGCCCUAUACUAAGAAUUCUAGAGCUGAGAGGGACAAGUCCUUGAGAGAAUGGCAUCUGGUAUAUGAAAGUACAGUAGUAGGGAAGAUGGUGAGGUCUGGAGGGCCAUAGGGUACAGCAGAGGCAGGGCAGAUGACUGUGGUACUAUUUCAAGUGUGGUGGAACCAGUUACAUAUGGGUCAUGUGAUCCACCUGCCAGUUAGAUAGUGAAGAGCCAGGAAUUCCAGAGCUAAGGACAUAGUCUUUUGUUUCCAGUGCAUUAGCAGGAUGGAUAACAAAUUCUGGAGGUCCAGAGGAUUCAGUGGUAGAUAGAGGGAAGGAUAACCUAGGGUGGAAUGUGAACUCUAGCUUAGGCUAGCCAGACAUAAUUGGGAAAUUUAAUGCACCCACCAAUCAGGGUAGCACGGGCCUUGUGGCGGGAAUUCCAGAGAUGAAAGGUGUGUUCCAGAACUAAUGAGAAUAUUGUGGAUAGACGUGGUCUGAACAGCGGAGCAGUGCAGCGUUCAUGCAUCCUGAGAUGCUUUCUUUGGCUGUACUUUUACAUUGUUUGACUCCUUUUGGGUCUCUCAUCUACCAAAACCUCCUGGCUUUUAGUAGAUGAACUGCUCUCUAGCAAUGCCUCCCCUGUUUUGUACUGGUAAAGCUGAUGUGAUAAACCUGAGUGUAAGACAUUGUAUUUACCCUUAUUAUAUUUAAUCUGAUUCAGUUUGGCCCAGUGUUCUAGCAGGUCCAGCUUUUUAGAAUACUGACUCUGUGAUCCUAGUGUGUUACCUUUUCUUCCCAGGUUUGUUCCAUCUGCAAAUUUGAUAAGCAGGCCUUGAUCCAACUAUUAAUAAAGAUGUCAAAUAGCACAGAUCUCUGGAAUGCUACAUUGGAGGACCCCUUCCCCUUUAAUAUCAAAGGGUUCUCAUCAAAAGAAAUUCUACUUUAUUCAGUGCUGAGGGGGUAUUGUGUCAUAUGUUUU